AACAUUUCCAAUAAAUAUUAAAUUAAGCAAUUUUAUUACAAUAAUAUCUAUAUAUCAACAAGCAAAAUGAUGAAGUCGUCUAGUUUGGGAUCCAAUAAACCCCUGUCUGGGCAGUUGUACAAAUACACAAAUGUUGUAAAAGGUUGGCAACAGAGGUGGUUUUCAGUAGAUCCAGAAACUGGCGUGUUAUCUUACUAUUUAUUUGAUGGCCCUGGCGACACAAUACAGCCUGGGCAGCCGGCUAGAGGUGAGGCACAUUUAGCGGGUGCGGGCAUCUGUCCAAGCGAUGAGGACUCAAGAACAUUCACAAUAAACUGUGCUUCGGGUGACAUGUUGAAGCUGAGAGCUACUGAUGCCAGAGCAAGACAGGAGUGGGUCAAUGGCCUGAGAGCUAUAGCUGAGAUUCACACAAAGGUGAUGGUUGCCAACCCUCCUCUGCAACCGCGGGAGCAGCUGGCUGUACAUGAUGCCAUGGCGCAGGCCAGACAACAGCUGCAGGCAACAGAAAUAAGCGACGCGGCGCUAGCGCGUAUAAUCGAGGCGGCCGAUUCUCCGUUCCCCCACACCGACCCGGAUUUAUUGCUGUUGAAGGCGACAUCAGCAGCGAGUAUGCAAUGUCUUCUCCAGUGCUUAGGGAUACUGCUCCGGCAGCAGCAGUACGCGACCGUCACCGACUCCAAGAAUUCCAGCAGCGAGAACCAUUAGGGCCUGCUACGAUAACUACUGCGACUACUACCGCUGUACCAGAUUGUUGGGUGAAGUCGAUGACUGCCAGAUCUUCAGGAAAUACUUCGAAACUCUCUGUCCCAAGUUCUGGGUCGAACACUGGGAUGAGCUGC